AUGCCGGGGGCUUUUGCGCUGCUAGCGGCGGAUGAGCAGAUGGCCCGUUCCCUCGGCGGCGCCGUAGCGGACAUCGACGACCCAGCGUUGCCGGAUGGGCUGCGGUGCUCUUUCUGGUUGGUGGCUCGCGGUUUCGGGCAACGCGAAGGUAUAGAUUUCUUUGAGACCUUCUCCCCGUGUCCGUCUGUCACUAGUAUCCGUUUGUUAGCAGCUCUUGCGUGUGAGUUAGGUUUGGACUUGUGUCAUUUCGACACGGAGCAGGCGUUUGUUCAAUCCGAGUUGCAGGAGUGUGUUUACAUCCGUCUGCCGCAGGGCUGCGGUGCUCUUUCUGGUAACAUUGUGCGCCUUCGUCGUAGUCUGUAUGGCUUGAAGCAAGCAUCCCGCACAUGGCAUAAACACUUGGUGAGGGGCAUGAAGUGUCUCGGGUUCGAACAGUGUGCUGCCGACGCUUGCGUUAUGCGCUUGAUCGAAGAGGGCAUUAUGGCCAUGGUCGUUGUCGUCCAUGUCGAUGAUAUUUUUUCCAUCGGGCGUAAGAGUUGGUGUGAGCAAUUUGGUAGACUUGAACGAACGUAUGCCGAGAACAUGGUCGCAAAGUUCGGUGUCACCCGUAACAAAGAAACCCCCAUGGCCGUUGGUGUAAAGCUUGAGGAGUUUGAUGCGUGUGAACCUGACGUUGACGAGCCGUUUCGUUCGUUGGUGGGGCACCUGAUGUGGCUUGCGAACCAAACUCGCCCGGAUAUCCUUACCGCCGUCCGGGCCGUUGCGCGGUAUUCCUACGCGCCCAAGUCCGUGCACUGGAAGGCUGCGUUGCAUAUUUUGAUGUACAUUAGAUUCACGAGUGCGUUUGGUAUUACAUUUCAACGGGGUACAGUAGGCGGUGUUAGCUUGGAGAAGAGUGUCAUGCUGUCUUCUACGGAAGCUGAGUACGCUGCAAUGGCCGAUGGCAUGAAGGAGGCGAUUUUCUUGAGGUAUCUCUGGAGUUUUAUCUUUCCGGAUGGGGAUGUGGUUUGCACUGUUGUCAAGGAGGACAAUGUCGGGGCGCUUCACUUGGCCAACAACCCGGCCACCACCCCCAACUCUAAGCACAUUAUUGACAUCCGGCAUCAUUUUAUUCGGGAGCGUGUGGACCGGGGAGAGUUUAAGGUCGUUUUUGUCCCGUCGCAUUUGCAGCACGCCGACUUCCUUACGAAACCACUGCACAAGGAGGCAUUUUCAGUGCACCGCAACUUUGUCAUGAAUCUUUGAGGCAUUAUUGGGUUGCUGUGUAAUUUUUUGUUUUGUUUUGUUUGGCGGCAUUUAUUGGCCGCGGUGUUGGAGUUGUCUUGGUUUUUCUUUGUUUUGCAGGUACUGCUAUGAAAAUCACGGGGGGGAUUUGUAUGUCAUACCACGAUUAUCAUUUCAGUAGGUAUUUUUCUUUUGUAUUCAGGAUGACGAUCGAGUGUCGUUAUUGCAUAUUUGCGCGUUGUUUAUUGAGUAGUCUCUUCAAUCCAGACGAAAUAAUACUGGAUGGCUUGCACUUUCUGUUUCGGGGGUUAUCGCAGCAGGGGGGCUGUUAAGUUUUUAUGUUUUGGGAGAUAUUUUGGCCAGGGGCUGCUAAGAAAUUGAUGUUGUCGCUUUGUUUGAGAAACGGCUUAAUUGGUAAAAGUUUCCUCUGGCGUUUUAAUAUGCGCCGGGUUUUUAACCUUUGUCUCUUUUGCCGUAUUUGAUAUUUUUGGUUUUUCUGAAUGACAUAUUGAAGGAAGGGAUUGGCAUAUUUUGGUAAGACAUGGUUGAGGCCUAUGUGCUUCCGAAGCUUAUUUGAGAUUGGUCAAUGAGCUGAAACAUGGUUUUGUGCGAGGAUCUUGUCCGAAGUAAUAGUUGACACGUUUUUCCGGAGUUGUCCGUCCAAAGUCUUUCAUGACGUGACUCUGAUGUAAUGUUGAUCUUUGCGGAGUAUUUUUCUAAGGAUGAUUCUUGGUUUUUGGCUGCUUGAGUUUUUGGUGACGACAUUUUCUCGAGAGGAAUGAUUGUUAAGACUCUAGUGAAGUUCCAAUAUACAUAGUAGUGGAUUAAGGAGGAAUAGUAGCUUGAAAUUUGAAUAUUCAAUAGAUCGGGAAGUUGAGAUGAUUUGUGUAUAAUAUGAAAGAUGAAUGGUUUUGGUUUUGUUGCCGUUUUACCUGGCGAUAUGUACGGAAGGAUACGGAUCUCCGAGAUAUCCGAGGGGGUACGCAGAUAUGAUAGGUUUGGGUAUAUGCAGACUUGUGUGCAGCAGCAGCAGGUCCUUCUUGCUGCUCAUGCUUGUCUCUCGUUAAUAGUCAAGGAACUUGAGUCAAUCCUUUGUGCACAAACGCUCUCGACGAGAGCCCGCGAGCGUGAUAACAUAGCACACGCGCCGUCACCACAAACAACCUUCAAUACGUUCCUCUGACACGGCGUCACGCGGGAGGUUAAUAUGGGUGUAAAAUAGUUGCUUCAACAUGUGGGACGGUUUUGGCGGAAUUUGCUGCCGUCAAGCCAAAAAGGGGGCAAAAGUGCCCAUGUUUGGACAGGCAUAUCACCAUCCAUAGGCAUCCGUUUAACGUUUUUUUUUUUUGUGACUCAGAACAGGAUGCGUAG